GUUCGCUGGGGGGGGGGAGCCCGGGGUCUCCGAUGUGGGCUACGUGCCACGCCAGGGCGGCCGUCCGACGAACCAGCCGUGGUUUGCCGAACUCGACACCCUCCGUGCGCCCACUGACCGCGCAGGCCGAAAGCGACGUGGACUCGUGACGGCUGGUUGAGUCCUUGUUUCCGGAUCGCCCGAACGAACGAUUCGUGGCAGUCGCCGUGCGCCUGUGACCCAGUGAUCUUCGUGGGAAGAAGAAAAAAAAAAGCCAUCGUCGUUUUCGGCUCGAGAGGGUUUCCACUUUUGGCGUCGCCGUCGCGCCGAAACGAGGGUGUGGUGCGCGAGGUUUUGGGAGUGAUUUGGUGAGCGUUUUUAUAACCGUGCGCCUCGAGUUUGUUUUCAAGACCGCGUGUCCUUGAGGGCGGCAGGCUUCGCUGGCGUAGUUGACGAGGCCCUCGCGUAUUGUACGGCGACACGUUGGAUCCGCUCGUUGCGACGGGGCUGUGACUUACAACACUCGAACCUUCGCACCUGGCGUCCGGAUCGAACUUGGGGCCGUUCUGCCUGAAAGACCACCGAAAGUUGGAGAACACCUGGCGGCCGUUUGCUAAUAUGUUCGACGUACAGAAACACCGUGUGAACUGAUAUCUCGGAAACAGCUAGGUACGGUACGGCGGUUCGAGGCGAUUGGUCUCGGGAAUACGGCGUCCGUCGGGCGGGGACAGGUCUUCGCCCGCAGCUUGCAACCAUGGCCAGUCCCAGCAAAUCGCUCUCGGUGAACUUCUUCGCCUGCUGCGUCCUGGUGCUCUGCGCGCUGCUGGUCAUUCUCCUCCCAAUACUCGGCCAGCUAUGGCAGGUGGUUCCAGAGCUCCGAAGCGUGGAGGUGGCGUGCCGCUUCCAGGGCCUCUUCCUGGCCAUGGCUGCGGUGUGCGGCCUGGCCGCCUACUGCCACCGCUCUUCCAGACUGCACGCGCUGGUUGGCUCUUGCGCCGUGCUAGCCGUGGUGGCCGCCUGCCUGACGGCCGUACUUUUCGCCUACAAGCUUCUACUGCUCCUGCAGCUCGUCGAUGCACCAGCAACGUCCGAGGUUACCCUGGACAACCUCGCCGCGGUGCUGCUCAUCACGCUCCUGUCUGCUGACGUCAUCGCACUGCUGGCGACCCUGGCGGCCACCGUGUGCUGCGUGGUGUUCGUGUCACGGACGCGUCGCAUGCGGUGCCUGCCCGAGUACGAGGAGGCCGACGGCCGCAAGGAGUACGCGCCCGGUCUGCCCCCGCGACGGCCGCGGGGGGACGCCGACGUGCCCAUGCUGACCGCAGCGCGGUACCACACUACGGAGCGGGAGCCGGUGUAUAGCCUGCCGAGCAAAAAGAGUGGCUACAGGGACGAGCCACGGCUCGUGAUGGCCCCCGACGAUGCACCAGUGCUGCACCUGGGCAGGCAGCCACCAGGAACCGUCUACGUGCUGCCGCCUGGAAGCCUCGUCAUGAUCGAAUCGCGCUGAAGAUCGCCAUCUCGGGAAUGCUGAUCUGUAAACACCUCGCAUUUGCAGCUGUAUAGUAGCGCAAUAUCCGGAAUCAGGAGCAGCGAGCAAGACCCUUUCGAGUAGUUGCUUUUUUUUCGAAGCAGACGCUGGAAAUUUUUUUUUUUCGGUGGAUUUCUCGACGUUCGUUGUGGGCCGAAGCUCGCGUUUUAGCUGUUAUGUCAGUAGUUUGCCAUACUUCUCGGCUGUAUUUAGUGCACGUUGUUUUCGUGGCGCCACAUCAAGAUCACUCAAGAUGAGUGACUCGUUGCGAGCUCCACUUGCACACAAACACGCGCAGCUCUUUCAUGCUACCAUAUAAGUGUUAGGAGUAAGCAAACGGCGAAAGAAGGAAAACGAGCACAAACAACGGGAACUACCACGUCUUCGCAGCCUUUGUUUUUUGUGACACCCGUCUUCUGUGGCAUCGCGAAGCUCCACCAUAAUUGUUUUGAUUUCAGUUCCUUACAUCAAGACCCGACAAAAAAAGACAGGUAGAAUGGAAUACAUAUUAUUGGGGAACCACGGGAGAUUUUCUUGUCGGUUUCUAAAUUCAACCACUUUGACCAUCAGCACCAAUUUGUCUUCGCGAUAGCAUUGAAAUAGAAAAGAAAAAGAUUGCGCAGACAGGUUUUUUAUGAGCACACUUUCUGCUACAAGGCAUUGCUGUAUACCAAAAAAAAAAAGAAGCGUAGGAAAUGUUGCUGCGUGUAUGUCAUGCCGUCAUAUGAUGUGUUCAUUACUCACAAUGUUCUUUUUGUGUGUGUGUCUUGGUGACAGAAAUAGUCCAUUAACGAUACGUGCACUGCCUACAUCCUCAAAAGCGGGUACGCAUUCAGUACAAACUCGUGAGUCAAGAUGCAUCUACGAGAUGCGCUACGAGUACAUGCGACAGAGUGAACUAUGUUGUGUCCAAUAGAUACAUCCAGAGUGCACAUCUUCUUCAGACACUUGUAAUGUUACAGAGCUUCUCACUAUAGCAUCAAAAUUUGGGUUAAGAGUAGCCGUCAACAAAGCAAGGAGGUCUACUUGACGUCAACGAUUUCAUUUUGCUCGACAGCUGUAGAGAACGCUUGUCUGAAUCGUCACGACCAAAUAGCGCUUGCUUUGCUGUCACUUUUCGUUCGUGCCCAAGGACUACGCCACUGCGACGCUCCAAUGCGAACCCACAGGCUUAAGGCUCGGCCACCUCCAGGCUGUAACGCGCAACAGGUUCAGAGCUGCGUAGUGACGGAAUGUCGGUAGUU